AGGCGCCGGUUGUUUUGUAUCUUGGACAGCCCCUGAAAGAGACAAGGUUUUGCGUCUUGGUCAUCCGCAGUGUAUGUCCACCAAGGAUUCAGAGGAGGCUGAAGCAAAUGCCAAGGAAUAGAGAGGUAUAUAAAGCAGCUCGAUUGGCCAAUUGCAUCAGUAUCGAGCCAACAUGAGUUUCGUCGACCCAGACGCAAAGACGGUUGAGGAUGUCAUCAACAAUUUCUACCACUACGUUCCAUCGCGCGUGGCUGGCCUAGCAUUUCUGGCAUUGUUUGCCAUCACUUGCUUGUGUCAUGUCUUUUACCUGUUCCGCUUGCGAGCAACGUACUUCAUCCCAAUGAUACUUGGUUGCAUCUUGGAAGCGGCUGACUAUUACGGUCGGAGCUGGUCCCAUGAGAACAAGACCAAAGUUGAACCAUUCAUCAUGCAACUUCUCCUGUUGCUUGUGGCACCUCCAGUCAUGGCUGCAUCGAUUUACAUGUCGCUCGGGCGCAUCAUGACGGCAAUGGAUGUCAAAAAGCAAGCGCUGGUGGCACCACGAAGGCUGACGACGAUUUUCGUGCUCAAUGAUGUGUUUUGCUUCCUCCUCCAGCUCGGUGGAGCUGGCGUACAAGUCUCCACGGGAGCGAAUCUGCGCGAGAUUGGGCGAAAGGUGAUUAUCGCGGGCUUGGCAUUGCAACUCGUCAUUUUCAGCUUCUACAUUCUCAUCAUCUGGACCCUGUUCAGACGGCUGAAGAAGUCACCCACCGAGAACUCUGAUACGCUGCAUUGGCGAAGUCAAUUGUGGGCGCAGCUCAUUGCAAGUUUCUGCAUCAUGGUCCGCAGUAUCUUCCGACUAGCAGAGUUUGUUGAUCUUAAUGGGCCUGCUGGCAAAACUGAAGCAUUGAUUUACGUCUUCGAUGCAAGUCUCAUGUGGGUCGCUGGGUCCAUCUUCAUCUUGAUCCAUCCAGGCCGAUUGAUUCGACAGGCGCAGACACUAGAUAAAGAGACGGCCAGAUAA